GUCGUGGUGGGUGAGCGCGGAGACAUGGCGGGCUCGCUCUAUGUCCCGGAUCCGAGCGCGCAGGAUACGAUGGUGCAGCCUUGGGACGAGGCGUUUCGGGUACGUACACCACGCGCUGAGCCUUCUAUCCUUGGGUUUUGUGGCCUCGUCCGCGUGCUCGUUGGUGCUGGCACACGAUUGCGUCACGAUGCUCAGGGGGUGUUUGGUGGCACAGCAGUAACCAAUCCAACAACCAAUCAGUCGGCGUCCGUCACGUCCAACAUGUUGCAUAGGAGAGAAGAAGACCCGCAAUGUCAAGAGAUAGGAUGUGGCUCGGAUGGACUGCUGUGCCACUACAACACCCAGCGUGAUGUCGGACUCCUAGUUCCAAUCAACUUCCACACUGCCCCCCUGGUAUCCCUCAGAGCAGCCUGCUUCAGCAACGGUCUUUACGAGGACACAUCGUUCCAGAGAUGCUUCUCGAACUUGCUCGCGGUUGGGCUGCGGAGGUUCAUGGUAGACACGUACUGGGACGCGUCACGGGGCGAGUGGAGUCUGUGUCCUGCUGAGAUUCCACCGGCCUUUGCAGCAGGAAGCUCGUCUUCCACGGUGCCUGUGCCGACGUUCACAGCGUCGAGUAGUUUGAGUCCCACGAGUGCUGGGGUGACUGCGACUGUUACUUCGGUAGGAUUCCCAAAACGCCAGGAUGCAUUUUCUAGAUUGGGUCCUAGAUCCAUCACGUCGAGCAUCCCCUCCUCAGUGUCCUCAUCCGCAUCUGCAUCAGCAUCAUCAUCAGGAUCCUCAAGUGCGGGUUCGUCUAGCGCGGCAGCUACUUCGUCCACUCCAGUUGCUGCCCCAGACCAAGCUCCCGGCGGAAUCAUUUUCCAGCUGGGCAGCUACAAUUGCACCUCCACAAUAACGCUCGGCUACCUUACUGGCAUUUUCAAUGACUUUCUCGACGCGACAUCAACCACGACUGAUGCCUCGUUCACAUAUUUGCUUCUCAACAUCCAUGCUGCUGCAUCUUGGGAACACCCAGAUGAGCCUGCUCAACAACCCUCUGCCGAUCAGCUUCCAGGGGCAGGUCAUCUCCUCAGCGAUGUCAUGAACGGGAACCUCUCCGAGGAACUGUAUAGGCCUUCGAAACUAGCCAGCGACCGCGCACACCUAAGUCAAUCUUGGACCGGUGUAGGUGAGGAUAACAUGCCCUUAGAGGGCUACUACACGGUAAACAACGCCAACACCAAUGACCCUUCUACGGCCGACGGAUGGCCGACGGAAGCCUACGUCCAGUUCCACCAGUACUUCCGCCUCCUCGCCAUCUUCGGCACCAUCGACCCCCAAAUGGCCGCCUACAACCAGGCCCUUGACGCCGACACCAUCUUCCCCGCCUCCACGCUCUCCUUCCAACAACACGUCUCCCUCUCUUCCACAGGGAACGUAACCUCCGGCUGCCUCUUCGACGCAGCCCAGACGUCAAUAAACUCUCAAACGAACUCCUCCUUCGCCCUCACCACAGUCCCGUCCUCCUUCUCCGUCCCCUCAAACCCGAAUCUCACAACCCCACUGCCGGAGAUAGCGAACCUCACCGUCUGCGGCCUCUCCCCCUUCCUCAACCACUCCCUCACCUCCGACAACACGACCGCAGCUACGAACCCCCUCCCCUACGCCGCCUUCACACACUCCUACCUCUGGUCCUGGGCCCCAGGCGAGCCGCUCAAUGCCACGGAUCCGAACAGCAGUGGUGCAACGGGGAACCGCUGCGCCGCCGCGUACACCUCCGGCGCGUACCCCGGGCAGUGGCACGUCGUGGACUGCAGUGCUCCGCUGCGGGUCGCGUGUCAGGACCCGUCGCAGCCGUACAGCUGGAGCGUGAGUUCAAGAACCGCGACGUACGACGGCGCGGAAGAUGCGUGCGCAGAGCCGGCGACGUUCAGCGUCCCACACACGCCGCUGGAGAACGCGCAUCUUUUAUCCGCUGUGCGCUCUUCCCCUUCCCCGUCUUCAUCCCCAAGCGGAGGAGAUUCAAUCCUGCUCAACCUCAACAGCAUGGACAUCGCCGAUUGCUGGGUCGCCACGCCGAACGGAACGUGUCCCUACCGCCCGCCCAGCGACAUAGACAAGGCGCGAAUCGUCGUCGUCCCGACGGUCGCAGCCGUCAUCAUCUUUGUGUGCGCGGCGCUGACGUUUUUCGUCAAGUGUGCGAGUAAUCGGCUGGAGGAUAAGAGGGGCCGGCGGAGGCGGACGGUUGGGGGUUGGGAGUAUGAGGGGGUGCCUAUACUUGCACACGGCAGCACAAUCGACCUUACAUCGGCCUGGCAAAUCUUUGAGCGGCGGGGUGAGAGCCGCUGCUGUCCCGCAGGACUGUGCUACAGCACGCUACAUAAUUCCAGCAAAGUUCGCCAAUCCAAAACCCGACUCCCCAACUCUCCAGCUCAUAACUGCACACCAUUACCGCAUACCACGGCACCGCUAACUCCAACUCCCCCUCCCAGUCCGAACUCACGCUCACGAUACUUCCCAGCCAUCAGAAACUUCAGCAACCCGCCCACACCCCCGCUCGUCCUCCCAAUCCCAUUCCCCAACCCCAUCUCCAUCGUCUUCAAAGAUGCCCGCCGAAAACUCCCGCUUUACCUGCCCGUCCAGCUCCGGGUCCGGCUCAAACAGCGGACUCUCUUCCACCAGACGCCGUAUUUGGGGAAAGACAUGCGGUUCCUGCUCCGCAGCCUUUGUGGCCGUAACCCCGACCCCCAGCCUCCUCUCAAAAUGCGCCCACAGCGUCGUAUUUCCCCCCUGAUCCUCCUCGUAAUCUUCCAUCCCGCCAAGCGCCGCCCCCCAGUCCUCCCCCCACACGCCCCGCUCCCAUUCCUUCCCCUCUCCACAGACAUCGUCAACGCUCACGUGGAAGUGCACGCCAAACGCCCUCGGGUUCCGGAACAAACUGCGACACGCAUGCGCGCACGCGGCGUCGUAGGUCGCCACGUAGGCGUGCGAGGCGGGGAGCGUGAAGGCGUGCCGGGCAGUGAGGAAGUCGCGGACCGUAACUGUGGGCGUGCUUGUCGCCGUGGGAGCGCCCGGGAUGUGGUGUGUGGAGGCUGCAUGCCGUUUCCCCGCGCGUGGGUGAGGUCUCAGGGGCGGAGAUGGAGAUGGAGAUGGGGACAGAGUGUCGGGUGGAGGCGCGUGCAUGUUGCGCGGCACCGUGUUCUGAUUGUCUUCGACUAUCUUGAUGCAAUCUGGUUGACGAGGUAUUUGUGCGGAGGAGACGCCAGAGACGGCGCGGCUACUGGGAAAAGGAGUAGACGUCGAGCGGAAGAAGACUUUGUUUGCGCGGUCAGGGUACCAAUUCAGUUCUGCUGA